AUGGCUGACAACCAAAUCCCAACCGAAGGGUCCGACGCCUCCUUGAACAACAAUGACUCGGCCAUUGCAUCCUCGCGCUCCAGCACCGAUUCCCGAACCUCCACACGAAAUCUCCGCGUUUCACACAUGCCCGCCCCGAACCACCAGCACAGACAAAGCUUGAGUGAAUCCCUUCGCGGACCACCCGGAUCUCCCCGAGCACGCCGGCAGCCAUCCCUCACCCAAUCAGCCAUUCAGAGCCUCAUCGACAAUCCCCCGCCACCCAAGCCGAGUGACCCUGCGUUUAUCGGCCGGGAUUGGCGAGAGAUCUCAAUUGGAGAGUUGGUCAGCCCGGAUGACCUUAAGUUUGUGGAGCUUGAUACGGGCAUUGAAGAUGCUACAAACAUCUUGAUUGAUUCCGGUGCGGCCGUGCUUUUGAUCCGCGAAACUCCUGAAGCCACCUCUGCUGUCGGCACAUUUGAUUAUGCAGAUCUGAAUUCAUAUCUCCUGCUAGCGGCAGGAUUGACCUCCCCCGAUGCAGCACACCUAGCAUCUUACGAAGAGCUUGCCAAGAAGGCCCACGAUGGUGUGCCUAUUCCGCUACGAGAUGUCAAGAAAUUUGGCAUGGAGAAAGAGCCACUGAUCAAUCUGCCUGCGUCGGCAAAUGUGUUGACGGCUGUUGAGACCUUUGGUGGGGGUGUUCACCGCGUCGUUGUGGUCAAUGAGUCCAACCCCCAAGAGGUGGUUGGAAUCUUUAGUCAGUUCCGACUUGUUAAAUUCCUUUGGGAGAAUGGCCGGAGCUUCCCUGUCAUUGAGGAACUCUACACCCAAGCUUUGCGCGAGCUGCGCAUUGGAUCUCAAGAAGUGAUCUCUAUCAACGGCGACAAACCUCUUCGUGAAGCUCUACAUGUCAUGAAUAAUGAAGGCGUAUCAUCCAUCGUCGUGGUUGAUAGCCACAUGAAUGUCCUCGGCAACAUUUCGACAGCAGACGUCAAGCUUCUGACUCGGUCAUCUUCAUUGCCGCUUCUUCACAAUACCUGCACCCAUUUCAUUUCGGUCAUCCUGUCUACACGAGGACUGAUUGAAGGCAAAGACUCAUUUCCUGUCUUCCACGUCAAUCCAGGGUCGACACUGGCCCAUACAGUUGCGAAGAUUGUGGCAACUAAAUCACAUCGACUCUGGAUCACUGAUCCAAUGUCCCCAUCCUCCUCAGGACCACCAACCCCAUCGCAUUCUGCUGCCCACGUCCCUCUUCCCUCUAGCAUAAGCCAGCCAGCUGCAGGAUCGCACAUCACAAACUCACCUCCAGCAUCUCCUCUCCCUCCACCAUUGACCCCUACAGCACAGCCCUCUCAAUACAUAGCACCACACCACCCUGCGCCUCCUCUAGCCUUCGCAUCCACAACCCUAGGCUCUCAUUCUACUGCAGGGGUGACCGCGCCGCCACCACUCACCCAUUCAAUUCCCGCUUCAGCACUAGAUGGAGCCCGACUUUCUGGACGCCUAGUUGGAGUCGUGAGCUUGACUGAUAUUUUGAAUCUACACGCCCGAGCUAGCGGACUGAGUCCAGCUGAUCCAGCCGAGACUCGUAACCGCCGUCGACGCAGUAGCUCGUCGAGUUUAAGUGUUCGCCGCAGUGGUGAUAUUGGCCGGGAGCUAUUCAGCCGCGGUGGUAUGUAA